CCUCCCUCCUUCCCUCUCUCUCUCUCUCACAUCCUUAAUUCCUAUGAAGAAUGUGGAGGCGCGGUGAGAAAGGGGGGACGGGAAAAUGGACAGAAUUCGCAACUGCGUCUCCUCGAGACUACUCUUCUUCUUCGUCAUCUUGGUCUUCUCCGCGAAUUCCAUGGACACUCUCCGAUCAGAAGCUGCGAAGCUCCCCGAUGACGAAGUUGCUGCGCUCAAGAUUAUUGGAAGCAAGCUGGGGAAAGUUGGAUGGGACUUUAGCGUGGAUCCCUGCUCAGGGAGUGGAGGAUUUAUCACAACUGGAGACUCGUCAAAGAAUAAUGUAACAUGUGAUUGCACUUACGAAAAUGGGACAGUCUGCCACAUAGUAAGCAUCAACUUGAAGGAACAAAAUCUUGCAGGAGUAUUGCCUGAGGAGAUGAGCAUGCUCACUCACUUGAGGAAAAUGGAUCUAACACCUAAUUAUUUAAGUGGCACCAUUCCAGCCAGUUGGGCUUCCUUGCCUUUGGAAAUUGUGAUACUAUCAGUGAAUCGUAUAUCUGGACAAAUCCCAAAGGAGUUUGGUAAUAUCACCACUCUUGAAAGACUGUCAAUUGAAGGAAACUUACUUGAGGGGCCACUUCCUCCAGAACUUGGCAAUUUGUAUAAUAUGAAAACAAUGUUUCUGAAUGCAAAUAAUUUUACAGGACCAUUGCCGCAGACGUUGGAAAAACUGACCAUCCUAGACCGAUUCUGGAUCAGUGGGAGCAAUUUCACUGGGAAGAUACCUGAUUUCAUUAGAAACUGGACUAAGCUCACACACUUGAUGAUAAUGGGCACAAACAUGGAAGGACCAAUUCCUAAUAGCAUAUCUGCCUUGGAGAACAUGACUGACCUGAGAAUUUCGGAUCUAAAUGGUGUUAGUUGGCAUUUCCCACCUCUUGAUACCAUGAAAAAUUUGGAGAAAUUGAUAUUGAGAAAUUGCGAACUUUCAGGUGAAAUUCCAUCAUACAUCUGGAGCUUGAAAAACCUGAGAGAGCUUGAUCUCUCUUUCAACAGCUUAACAGGCCGUAUCCCGACAUCUUUGCCUAUUAAUGAAACCCUGAAAGUAAUAAUACCUGCAUGUUAUAGAAAGAAUUAUCCUUGUCCUGGUGUAGCAAACUAUACUUCUUUGUUCAUCAAUUGUGGAGGUGCUGUUAUUGGCAACAAAUAUGAAGAAGAUUCGACACAGUUGGGAAGGUCUGUGUACCACCUUAGUGCAAAAGGCAACUGGGCUUUAAUCAGUACUGGAACUUUCAUGGAUGUUCCUAGUCUCCCUUACAUAGUCCAAAACACAAGCAUGCUGUCAAUCAGUAAUCCCACAUUGUACAUGUCAGCACGUACCACACCGAUGGCAAUGACAUAUUAUGUCCUGUGCUUACAGAGUGGAAAAUAUACUGUUCUCCUUCACUUUGCUGAAAUAAUGUUCACUGAUGACCGAACCUUCCGCAGUCUUGGCGAGCGGAUAUUUGAUGUAUCUAUCCAGAAUCAAAGAGUACUACAAAAUUUCAAUAUUGCAAAAGAAGCUGGUGGGCCGGGCAGGGAAAUAGUUAAAACUUUCACAGCAAGUGUGACAGAACACACUUUAGAGAUAAGCUUUUAUUGGGCAGGAAAAGGGACAUUAAAUGUUCCAACCAGGGGAGUAUAUGGGCCUCUUGUUUCAGCAAUUUCAGUGACACCAUAUGUUGAACCCAAUACUGAUGAGAGGAAGACCCCCGUCACAAUGAUUGCUAUCAUUGUUACUUUUGUUUGCGUAGUCAUCUUCCUAACUACAAUUGUUCUUUGGAAGAAGGGCUGCUUUGGAUGCAGAGAAGCUCAGGAUAAAGGACUUCAGGAUCUACGGCCGCAAACUCAUUGUUUCAGUCUUAAACAGAUAAAAAAAGCCACCAAGGACUUUGAUCAUGAAAACAAGAUUGGUGAAGGUGGAUUUGGGCCAGUUUACAAGGGAACUUUGGGAGAUGGUACUCUGAUUGCCGUUAAGCAGCUUUCAUCAAGAUCAAGACAAGGGAAUCGAGAAUUCUUGAAUGAGAUAGGCAUGAUAUCUGCUUUGGAGCAUCCAAAUCUUGUGAAGUUGUUUGGUUGUUGUAUUGAAGGCAACCAGUUGAUGCUAAUAUACGAGUACAUGGAAAACAAUUCCCUUGCACAUGCCCUCUUUGGACCGCUUGAACACCGAUUGAACUUAGACUGGCUAGCAAGACACAAGAUUUGCAUUGGAAUCGCAAGAGGCCUAGCGUACCUUCAUGAAGAGUCUCGGCUGAAGAUUGUUCACAGAGAUAUCAAAGCUACAAAUAUCCUUCUUGAUAAGGACCUUAAUCCUAAAAUUUCCGACUUUGGUUUAGCGAGGCUCGAUGAAGGAGAUGAUACACAUAUCAGCACUCGGAUAGCUGGGACUGUGGGAUACAUGGCGCCAGAGUAUGCGACACGAGGAUAUUUAACAGAUAAAGCGGAUGUGUACAGCUUUGGGGUGGUAGCCUUGGAAAUUGUGAGUGGUCAAAACAGUGCACAUGCCAUGAGGAUGUUGGAUUUUAUUGAUCUGCCGGACUGGGCUUUGACAUUCAAACAAAAUGGUAGCCUUUUGGAUAUGGUGGACCCCAGUUUAGGCUCAAGUUUUUCUUCUGGAGAGGUGCAGAGAAUGAUCGAAAUUGCUCUUCUGUGCACCAGCUCGAUUCCCUCACAAAGGCCUGCAAUGUCUUCCGUCGUUGACAUGCUCGAAGGACGAAUCCCGGUGCAGGCUCCGAGUUUGAGUAGCACCAUGAAGAAAUCUCCUCUAAGCAGUGCUCGAAGAGCAAGUAAUCCGCACAGCAGAACCACAACUCAAACUAGUGUAUCUUAUACCAGACACUCUAGUAGUGGGUAUGGACCAUCUACAAGCUCAUGCGACUCGUUUCCCAACACAGGUGAAAAUAUAUGGGAAAGACCCAUACGAUAUGAACCUUGA